CUCUUCUUCUCUUAUUUCCCUUUCCUCCCCCCGGUCUCUGUAUUCCUUCCUCAGUUCCAAAUAUCUCCCAUUACUCUGAUUACUCGGGAAUAUGCCUCCGCGUGUGAACCCCAAUGCGGCGGCAAUGCCGGCGCAGAACCCGCUCACGCAGAUGAGCUGGUGGAAGUCGAUAGUCAUGAUGAUGUGUAUUCAGUGGUUCAUGGGCCAAAUCACACAGAAGUUCCUAAAGCCUGACGAGGCAGGUAGUCCUACGGACGCCGCUGCUGUCUCGGCCACGACUACUGACAUCGCCGCCCCGACGGAGACCACGGCGCCGAUUGCCGACGCUCCACCACCCCGACCGGUCGUGCCGAUUAAUGUCGACCCGCUCUGGCAGAUCGGCACUCCGUACGAGUUUAGAUUGUAUAUCACCGACGGCCCGUUCUUUGACAAGUUCGAUGAGGUUGAGCCGUUUCUUGAGAAAUAUGAUCUUGUGUAUGGGGAUAUGGACUAUAAAGUGCAAAAGAGCGCCAUUAUCGAGACUACCGAGCCUAUGCGUCUGAACGGGUCUAUAUUUGCGCACAUGUAUGUCAACGAGCCGGGUUAUGCGUUCAGACCCGAUUCACCGAAAUAUGAUACCGACAAAGCCUACUCCGUACAUUUCAGACUUACGCAAUACCUCCCGAAGAAAGCUGAUAAAAAGCAAAAGCAUCUCCUGGGACAUCACGAAGAGGAAGAGAAUGAAGAGGAAACUGCGCAGCUUGCUAUUAUUGGCAAAGAAGAGUUUGAGGCUAUGGGCGGAAGCCUUCCGGAAAAGUUGCCGCCUUUGGUAGCUAUGUGGCAUCCUGAUGUUACGCUGGGAGUUGUGCAGCCUACUCCUCUGCCGUUUGUGAAGCAGUUGCCGUCCGUGAGACAGUGGAUGAUGCUCGAGGCGACGGAUAGAAGAGAUGAGUCUGAGAUCAAUGGUUUUUACUAUCCGAUCGUUUUCUACAACCAGUUUUGGCAGCUCAACUCUCAGAUGUGGGAGCUGAACUCCACCUCCUCGGAGCUUCCAAUCAAUCUGGAGUUGGUGCCUAUGAAGUACUGGAAGUUCCAGCUGUUAGCCAACAUGGAUGCCGGAUUCAAGCAGCAGGCAUUGACUGGUACUGGUGGUGGUGAUAUGGAAGAACUCAAGCGGAUAUUACUCGAGACAAACCCUUAUCUGAUGUUUAUCACAGUAGCUGUGUCUAUCCUGCACGUACUGUUUGAGAUGCUCGCGUUCAAGAACGACAUCUCCCAUUGGAAGAACAAGAAGAAUCAGGUCGGCACUUCGGUGAGAACUAUUGUGGCCAACGUUGUUAUGCAGUCGAUUAUCUUCCUGUAUCUGAUGGAUAACAACGAAAACACGAGCUAUAUGGUUAUGUUCACCCAAGGCAGCGGUAUUAUGGUUGAGGCAUGGAAGAUCACCAAGAUUCUCGAUUUCAAGCUAGAGCCACAGACCGGACUUAUUCCAUACAAGCUUGUGAUUACUGACAAGCACGAACUUAACGAGACAGAGAAGAAGACGCAGGAGUACGACCAGAUUGCGUUCAAGUAUAUGUACAUCGCAUCGAUUCCGCUACUGGGUGCUUACGCAGUCUACUCUCUGAUCUAUGACACUCACAAGUCGUGGUACUCCUUCAUCAUCACUACGCUUGUGGGAUCUGUGUACGCAUAUGGCUUCCUGAUGCUCGUGCCGAGUAUUUACAUCAACUACCGUCUCAAGUCCGUUGCACACAUGCCGCGCCGCGCGAUGGCGUACAAGUUCCUCAACACAUUCAUUGAUGACCUGUUUGCGUUUGUCAUCAAGAUGCCGAUUUUGCACCGUCUCGCGACGCUGCGCGACGACGUCAUCUUCCUCAUCUACCUUUACCAGACCUGGCUCUACCGAGUCGAUCCCACGCGCGUGAACGAGUUUGGCCAGAGCGGAGAGAACCCCGAGGGCGAGAGUCCGGAGACCAAGGGAGGCGAGGAGAAGGAGGAGGUCGUCGAGGCCACGGCAGUCGCGUCCUCCGGCGCCGAGGCCGUCGAGCAGCCCACAAAGGCGACGCAGCGCAAGUAGUGCUGUUGUUUACAUUCUGCUCAGAUAGUUGUAAAUAGAAAGCCAUUUACCCAAUCCGGU